GCUGCUAUGAGGAAACCUCGCAGGAGGUCCCAGCAGGUCCUAGAAGGGAGACGUUCUCCUUCACCAUAUAGUUUGAAAUGCUCACCCACUCGGGAGACUUUGACAUAUGCUCAGGCCCAGCGAAUAGUGGAGGUUGAUAUUGAUGGACGUCUCCAUCGCAUCAGCAUUUAUGAUCCUCUAAAGAUAAUCACAGAGGAUGAACUGACUGCCCAGGACAUUACGGAAUGCAAUAGUAAUAAAGAAAACAGUGAACAGCCGCUGUUUCCUUCCAAAUCCAAGAAAACACAAUCUAAAGGCAAAAAAAAGGAGUCAGGCACCAAACAUGCAUCAGGGACAUCUUUCCAUCUACCCCAACCCAGUUUUCGGAUGAUUGAUUCCCUCAGCCAGCCAGAUGCUCCAGCCUUGCCUACAGCAUACUAUCAGUACAUUGAGAAACCUCCUGAGGACAUUGAUGCUGAAGUGGAGUACGAUAUGGAUGAGGAGGAUCUUGCUUGGCUUGAUAUGAUCAAUGAGAAGAGGAAGAAUGAUGGCUAUGGGUCAGUUUCUGCAGAGACUUUUGAAUUGCUGGUAGAUCGGUUGGAAAAGGAAUCAUACCUGGAGAGUCGCAACAAUGGGCCCCAGCAGACUCUAAUAGAUGAAGAUGCAGUCUGUUGUGUUUGCAUGGAUGAUGAGUGUCAUAACAGCAAUGUCAUUUUGUUUUGUGACAUUUGCAACUUGGCAGUCCACCAGGAAUGCUAUGGAGUGCCCUAUAUCCCUGAGGGACAGUGGCUUUGUCGCUGUUGCCUACAAUCCCCUUCCCGCCCAGUUGAUUGUGUUUUAUGCCCAAACAAAGGUGGAGCCUUCAAACAGACCAGUGAUGGUCACUGGGCACAUGUUGUUUGUGCCAUCUGGAUCCCUGAAGUCUGUUUUGCGAACACUGUGUUUCUGGAACCCAUUGAGGGGAUAGACAAUAUCCCACCAGCUCGCUGGAAGCUAACUUGCUGCAUCUGCAAACAGAAGGGUAUGGGGGCUGCUAUCCAGUGUCACAAGAUGAAUUGCUAUACUGCCUUCCAUGUUACCUGUGCCCAGAGGGCUGGUCUCUUCAUGAAGAUUGAGCCCAUGAGGGAGACCAGCCUCAAUGGCACAACAUUCACUGUACGCAAAACUGCUUAUUGUGAAGUACAUUCCCCUCCUGGCACAGUGAAGAAAGGGCGUACAGCUACUGUUUGUGAAGGAGAGGAGGAGAUUGCAAAGAAUGAAACAGAGGAUGAGGGCCCUCCCAAGAACAAGAGCAAAGUGAAGUUGAAGCAGAAGGUAAAGAAGGAAACCUGUGCUUCUGCACCUUUGCUGACGGUUACACAAAUUCCUUCUUACCGGUUGAAUAAAAUAUGCAGUGGACUCUCCUUUCAGAGAAAGAAUCAAUUUAUGCAGAGGCUUCACAACUACUGGCUGUUAAAACGUCAGUCAAGAAAUGGAGUCCCACUGAUACGCCGGCUGCACUCUCACCUACAGUCUCAAAAGAAUGCAGAACAGAAAGAGCAGGAUGAAAAGACAAGUGCUGUAAAGGAAGAACUGAAAUACUGGCAGAAACUGCGACAUGACCUGGAAAGGGCACGGCUACUCAUUGAACUGAUACGUAAGCGGGAGAAACUCAAACGUGAGCAGGUAAAGGUUCAGCAAGCUGCUAUGGAGUUACAGCUCACACCUUUCAAUGUACUGCUCCGCACAACAUUGGAUCUGCUACAGGAAAAGGAUCCGGCCCAGAUCUUUGCAGAACCUGUAAACCUGAGUGAGGUUCCAGAUUACCUGGAAUUCAUUUCCAAACCAAUGGAUUUUUCUACCAUGAGGCAGAAGCUGAACUACUACCAGUACCGAACACUGGAAGAGUUUGAAGAAGACUUUAAUCUCAUUGUUACCAACUGCAUGAGGUAUAAUUCUAAGGACACAAUUUUCCAUCGAGCAGCUGUCCGACUGAGAGACCUUGGAGGGGCAAUAUUGCGUCAUGCGCGGCGGCAAGCUGACAGUAUUGGCUUUGACCCCGAAGUGGGGAUUCACUUACCUGAAUCACCAAAGACAGAUGAUUUUUAUCGUUUUUCUUGGGAGGAUGUGGAUAACAUUCUCCUUCCUGAGAACCGGGCUCACCUUUCCUUGGAGGUACAACUGAAGGAACUAUUGGAAAAGCUGGACAUGGUGAGCACCAUGCGGUCAAGUGGUGCCCGUACCCGUCGCAUUCGCCUCCUGAGACGUGAAAUCAACUCCAUCCGGCAGAAGCUAGCCCAGCAACAGAACAAAACCAUGCCAAAUGGAGACCUGGCUUCUUGGGAGGAGGGUUUGGAGAAGAUGCUACAAGAACAGGAUGAGGAUGGGGAGAAAACAGAUGACACCAAGCCCCCACUUCCCCCCACCCUGGAGCCCACAGGACCUGCACCCUCCCUAUCGGAGCUGGACUCUCUGCAGGACCCUCCAACUCUCAAACCCAUUAGCGAAAGCAAGUCCUUGAACAGACUACAUAAGCGGCUGAAGUCCGAGGGCGAGCUCUUUGAUAAGAAGACACUGCAGAGGGAGAGCCACGCCUUCCAGCGCUUGCUCAGCGACAACGGCCUGAACGGAUUGGCCCUUCAGGCCACGGGCACUUCUGUCAGCCCUCCAUUUAGUGGAGUGGGCAGGCGGACAUCUGUCCUUUUUAAAAAAGCCAAGAACGGGGUGAAACUGCAAAGAGGUCUGGACUGCCCCCUUGAGAAUGGAGAGGACCACAGCCAGAGUGGGCAGCUCUCCCCCUCCAGCAUAGAGGGUGAGCGGCUAUCCCGGAAACGGCCCAAGAGUGGGAGCUGCAGCGAGAGCGAUGACGAGAAAUCCCCCAGGCAGGCAGGAGUGACAGCAAUGACCAAUGGCUUCAGGAAACAUAUAGAGAGUGGAUCUGACUCAGAGUGCAGUUCUGGCCUUGGCAGUGGUCUCCCGAGUGAUGUUUUGAGUGGUCUGAUUCCUCACAAACGUAGCCGAGGAAAGCCUGCUCUUGCACGGGUCCCAUUCUUGGAUGGUAUAAAUGGAGAUUUGGAAUACAAUAGCUCAGGUAGAAAUCUACUGAUGUCCUUUGAGGAGCAAACUGAACUAGAACCACUGGAGCUUGUGUGGGCAAAGUGUCGUGGCUACCCUUCUUACCCUGCAUUGAUAAUUGAUCCUGAAAUGCCUCGAGAGGGUCUCCUUCACAAUGGAGUCCCAAUCCCUGUUCCCCCCCUAGAGGUAUUGAAGCUAGGGGAGCAGAAACAGGCAGAAACUGGAGAAAAGCUUUUCCUUGUCCUUUUCUUUGAUAACAAGAGGACAUGGCAGUGGCUUCCACGGGACAAAGUUCUUCCCCUUGGAGUAGAUGACACUGUGGAUAAACUAAAAAUGAUGGAGGGACGAAAAACCAGCAUCCGCAAAUCUGUCCAGGUGGCUUAUGAUCGGGCCAUGAUCCAUAUGAGUCGAGUCCGGGGAGAUCAUCCUUUUGUCACACCAAAUUAUCUGUAGGGGCUGAAAGAACCUGCUCUGCCCUUCCUUUUUACCCCAGGAAUAAUGUCUGCAUCUAUAGAGGCAGUGGUGGGUGUGCACUGAUUAAUAGGAUCAGUAGGAUUCUUCCGUGCUGUGGGGUUUUGGGUUUUUUUUGAUGUUCAGAGGAGUGAUGCAAUAUUCCUAGCUGUAGGGAAAACUCCUGUAAAGUCCUUGAUAUGUGCCAAAAGUCUGUCUGGUUUCUUUCUGAAUACGUCUCAAUGAAGAGAGCCAGCAGAAGGAGGUAGUGGUCUGACCAGCAAGAGGGUCAGGAGUAUCUGCACUGUAAUGCCUUGGCCCUGGAAGAAACUUAGAUCAGGUUAUAUGGCAGGAGAAAGCUGAACUCAUUUGCUGGUUGGAACUGAAGCCCCCCCAAGUCUCUUGAGUUUUCAAUCUUCAGCUAGUCCUGAAGGAUUUUCGGGAGCCUGCCAGCGAUAUAAAUAGCCCCAAUAUAGAAGACUCUUGUGUGCCAAAUUUACAGUAAUAUCUACCAUACUUUUCCCAUGUCAUUUUUUAAAGCUCUGAUUUGCCUCUCUGUGUCUAUACAUUUACAGCCUAGUUUUUCAAAUCUAAUUCCUAAGUUUAAAUGCGUUAUAUUUUUUUCAUGUUCAGUCAAACCAACAGAAAACGUUAUGGUGAGUUUUCCUCUUUCCAUCAUGCACACUUACAUGUCAGAGCUUUAAAUAUGAAGAAGAAAUCUCUAUUUAAAAUGUUUUGUAUGAUUAAGUUUAUGAAGUAGGGUUUUUUUACAUUUCAGUUCAAUAAUUCAGGAGCUUCACCUUCUGAUGAAUACAUUAUUAAAACUGGGCAGAACAGUGUUUUAAGCAUCUACUUUGCCGCAACAGUUUUGUUAGAUAGAUAGGAGUUGAGGAAAACAUAACUUGUAUCCAUAGCCUCCGUGUGAAGGUGCUGCUUACAGAAUGAGUGGUGGCUGCCCCAUUUCCAUCACCAUCACCCUGAUCCAUAAAUUGUGAUGGUUGCUGGAUACAGGAUCAGCCUCUUGCCCAUGUAGAGAAGAUAAUACAUGAAUACAAAACUAUUUCCGUUGCCCAUUGAUGAAUUGGGGGCUGCUGUGCACCUCAGUGCAUGUGCAGAACUUACUCCAGAUCUGAAUGAUGCAAUCCCUGCUUGCAUUGAGUGCCAUAUGUAUACUGAAUUGUGCAGCUUUGGAUAGGGGCAUUCAUGUCAAAUCACAUUUCCUCUACCCUGUAAAUCUUCCCUUUCUUAUUUUGUGUUAAAUCAGGAUGUUAUCACUCUUCUUACUUACCUGAACAUACUGAAGUUUCAUACUUCACUUUUCCUUAAGCGCUUCACUCUCCACUUUUCUGCUGUGUGAGCCCCCAUUAUUGAGAUCCAUUUAAAACAGAGCACGGCUGCUCAGAGAAUACUAUUUUUUACAUUGCAUGUGCUGGAAAAACAGGGAGUGCAGAAGUCUGCAAGUUGACAAAGUGUUUCAUGUCUGAAUUCUGGUGUACCUUAGAUUUUUUUCUUUUGUUUUUAAGCAUUAUGAACCAAAGGUGCAGAGCAAGAUUGUAAUUUGAAUAAAUCAAUGUUUUUCUUUUCAAUUCAGUUUUUUAUUAUUUUAUUUUUUCAUACUAAAAAGAUUGUGGAACAAAAGAUUAAUAAUAUGGGGGGAUCACUGCCAUUUCUACGUGGUCUGCUUUUUGUAGAAGUACCACAUCUUAUAUAUUGGGAUACAUCUUAUAUACAACCACACUUUAUGGAAAAUAUCUGUAACAUAUAAAGGAGGUGAAAAGAAUUUUUUUUAAGUCAGUAAUGCCUAAAGAGUUUGGCUACAGAAGGAACUUAUGUACAUAGUUGUAAAAUAUAGUUCUAAAUUAUUCAGGCCGAUUGUUACCAUUCUUAAGUCCUCAGUUAUGUUGCUGGAUCUUUUGUAUGCACACAGUGUAAUUAAUUUAAAGCGACAUACACUUUUCCCAGGUUGUAGCUCAGCUGUGGACUUGUGACCUGUGUAUAACUGUUUUAAGAUCUUGCAUUUGACUUUUAUUUCAUUUUUUAAAUUGCAUUUUAAGGAUUUGAAUUGGCUAAUUAUUCUGCUGUUGCUAUGGGACCUAAACGUGACUUGUCAAUCUGCUGUAAAGCACAGAUGGCUCUAUUUAUUGUAGAAAGUGAGUUUAUUUGCUUUCUAGAACUGUUUAUAUCAGAUGGUAUAAGAGGUAAUAAAAUUCUAUGCUUGUAAAGGAAAAAAUGCUAAUUUUACCUACUAUAAUCUGAC